AUGCUGGACAACAGGGUCUGGGGCACACUCACCUUGACCUUUGGCCUGCUUUUCAGUCUCCAAGGAGUGAACACCAAUGAGACUGUAACCACAUGUGACAUCUUAAACUGCCCCAAAGGAUUCACAUGUUGUGACAAUGACUGCUGCCCAGAAAGAAAGGUCUGGGGUCCUGAAAUCUCGAAUCCUAAAUAUGAACACUUCAGGAUUGUGGUCAUCAUCUUAUUGGUCAUACUACCCCUCUUGUGCAUCUGUGGUCUACUGAGGUGCUUCUGUCCCAAUUGUAGAAAACUACAGCAUGACGUCAGAACAGCAGAUCAUCAGACAUCUCCAACACAGCCCCCCGUUGCUCCCCUGGAGAACAUUUGGGCCACCUCCUUGGAUCCCCCACCAGCCUACAGUCAGGUUGUUCUGAAGCCAACUCCCACAGAACAACCUCCUCCCUACACCCUCAGGCCUGAGGGCCCUGUUGGCCAGAUGAGAGGGCAUGCCUAUGCAACCCUUUGA